CAACAACAACAACCACCACUUCCUAAGGGGGCAGCACUUUUAUUUUUAUUUUACCUGUCAAAUUUUGGAACAUGAAAUACAGAUAAAAUGAGGCGUCUUUUAUUGAAUGUUGUAAAGCUGAUUGAUUCUAAUCAGCUCGUUAAAUCGAGCCGAUUUUGCUCGCAUAUUUCUGCAAUCACAUCUCAAAAAAAUACGGAAGAGCCAGAGGGGCAUGUAAAAUCAUUGGAUCAUCGCAGCGUGUCAUCAGUCGUCCACAAUGACGUUCUCACAGACACGUUUGGCAGACGACACACCUACCUCCGUAUUUCCCUCACAGAGCGAUGCAAUCUCAGGUGUCAGUAUUGUAUGCCAGAGGGUGGAGUAAGUUUAACUCCAAAUGAACGUUUAUUGAGCAGCGAAGAGAUCCUGAAACUGUCUGAACUGUUUGUGAAGGAAGGGAUUACCAAGAUAAGGCUCACUGGAGGGGAACCUCUUGUUAGGAAGGAUAUAGUUGACAUUGUUGCUGGUUUGAGUUAUCUCCGUCGCUAUGGACUCCAGUCAGUUGCCAUGUCAACCAAUGGCAUCACGCUGGCCCGAAGAUUACCGGAGCUUAAAGAAGCGGGUCUGGAUCUGCUGAACAUCAGUCUAGACACGCUCGUACCUGCGAAGUUUGAGUUUGUGACCCGACGUAAGGGCUGGGACAAGGUCAUGAAAGGCAUAGACACAGCACUUGAGCUUGGAUACAGUCCUGUUAAGGUAAACUGUGUGGUGAUGCGAGGUAUCAAUGACGAUGAGAUAUGUGAUUUUGUAGCUCUUACGGAACAUAAGAAUAUUGACAUUCGGUUCAUCGAGUACAUGCCCUUUGAUGGCAACAAAUGGAACUUCAAGAAGAUGGUGCCCUAUCAGGAACUGGUGUCAGUAAUCAAGGAGAAAUACCCUGCCUUUCAUAGAAUACCUGACCAACCGAAUGAUACGUCCAAGGGUUACAAGGUUGAUGGUUUCCAAGGGCAGGUGGGCUUCAUUACGUCAAUGAGCGAACAUUUUUGCAGUUCAUGUAACAGACUUCGGUUGACAGCAGAUGGAAACCUCAAGGUGUGUCUGUUUGGCAAUGCCGAGGUGUCUCUACGUGACGCCGUGCGGGGAGGCUCCAGUGACGAGGAGUUGCUGUCUGUGAUCAGCGCGGCCGUCAGCCGCAAGAAGAAACAGCACGCUGGAAUGUUCAACCUUUCAAAGAUGAAGAAUCGUCCCAUGAUUCUAAUUGGUGAUGCAUUGCUGUGCAAUGGAUUGUCCCUUCAAGCUGGAAUUUCCUUAAAUAUGCGUCAAAAUGGUGCUCAAACUAUCCAUGUGUCUACUUUUCAUACGGUUGCUGUCUUAAAUAAUGAUGACAAAUCAGAUGAUAGCAACCAUAGACGUGUUUCGUAUAAUAAAUAUAAUCAGAAAAUCAAUGACAGUGAAUCGAUGAACUCUUCUAACCAGACAGGCAAUAUGCAAAACAAUUAUUCAGAACCAGGGAGCAGUUUUAUUGAUGAACAGUUCUUUGGAAGCCUUGCAAAUGAGUCAUCUGCUUCAAGUGAAAUUCAUCAUUUGCAAGACGGAUUGUCGAUCGUUUCUGCUACCUCUGAUUUCAGUGAAAAACAUAAUAUAAACUCCAAGUACAAAUCUAACAUGAACUUUGUGGAUGAACAAUAUUUUGAUGCUGUGGUUAAUCAAAGUAAAACCAUGGGCCGGUACUCUUCUGAAAUAUUUUCUGUAAAAGACCAACAAGAAAAUUUGACAAAUGAUCAUCUAUAUAUGCCAGUUAAUGCUACAGACGUACAGAAUCCAAUGAACAUUCUCAGUACAGGUUAUAAUGCAACCUCUGAACAUGAAAGAUUUUGGACUUUGUUUGGUGAAGGCUAUUCUCCUUCUGAUUUAGAAAAUCUCAGGAAAUUCACUACCAUUAAAGAUCAUUUGAGUCCAAAUGUGAUGGAAACAAACAGCGAAACAAACAAUAAUAGCAAGUUUUGGGAAGAAUAUGGUCACAAUUUUCAAACUUCAAAUAAUUCUGUGAAUACUAAUGCUGGUCAAGGUUUGCACAAUGAGAAUGAAGAAAAAUAUUUGAAUUCUAGCGACCUUCCAAAGCUCACCCAUACAGAUGAUGCCGGCAAACUAAACAUGGUUGAUAUCAGUAAGAAGUCAGACACGCCUCGGGUGGCGGUUGCUACGGGUUACGUUCUCCUAAAUGAAGUGGCAUACAAUCUCGUACUAACAAACAAAUUAAAGAAAGGCGAUGUUUUAACGGUUGCAAAGAUUGCAGGAAUCAAUGCAGCAAAAAGGACAAGUGACCUAAUUCCACUGUGCCAUAAUAUCCCGAUUUCAAAAAUAGAUAUUAACCUUGAACUUGUUGAAAACUGUCAUGCCAUUAGAGUCACCUCCCUUGUCAAGACUCAUGGUAAGACUGGAGUAGAGAUGGAAGCUAUUACUGCCGUUGCCAUAGCUGCAGUUACCGUGUAUGACAUGUGCAAGGCGGUCACGAAGGACAUUGUGAUCACUGACAUACGUCUUGUGCAUAAAUCUGGGGGAAAGUCUGGGGAAUUUAAUGCAAAAUAGGGUUCUCUGGAUUAGAUAUGUAUUUCACUUGUACAUAUUGUUGUCGCUUACCUUGAAGUUACUUUUUUUAAAUCUGUUCCUAAUACUAUUUAAUGCAAUAAUACACCCAAUCUAAUUGAGUUUUUGCUUAUUGAUGUGGCCAUCGUAUUGUUGUUCAUACAGGAGUGAAAUGUCUGUUAGGUUUUUCAUUGUUGUGUAUAUUACAAUUGACUAUUGUCAAUUCCAGUUUCUGGUUUUAUGUAUGAAAUAUAUAUCGUUAUUGUUUUUGAUGAACUUUUUUUUAAUGUUAAUAAAAUUGCUGAUACACAGAAGUAGUUAAUAAUGUUACAUUAGGCCAAAAAUAAUGUUGGAUAUUUAUGUUAUUAUUAUUGCUAUUGUUAUUUUAAGUUGUUUAAGGGGUUAAUACAUUUAUUUUAUUAUUGUUGUCAUAAAAAUAAUGAUAAUUAUAAGAAUUGCAUUGCCACAUUUUUAAGCAUUCAGUGGAAUAAUGAUGAUUUUGUCUUGUUUGUUUAUUUUGAUAAUACUAAAAUAAAUGAAAAGAAAAUAUCUCAGGUUGGUUACUUCUGAUAGCAUGUGAUAUCAGACCAGUCUGAUAUGGUGUAGAAAAGGUGAGUUCACCGCCCCUGUAAUUUUUGAGUCUUGCUUAAUCCAUUAAUGCUUUAAAAAGAAUUAAAUGUUCUACCAGUUAUUACUUAAUGUUUGAUUUAUAUGCAUUGAACAUAAACUUUUCAUUUCCAUCUAACUGAUUUUAUAGAUUGUGUAUGUAUGUAGUUUGUUUUUUAUAAGAAAAUGGAAUUGUUUUAAUUGAAAAUUAUGAAUAAAAUAUAUUAAACUGA